CGUUUCUGCUCUGGGUUGUUGCGUUGUUGAUCACUCGGAGCGCGUCUUUCUCUGCCUGGAGAGCGGAUCGCAGUUCGAGGAUCGCGGCCAGGAUGGCGCUGCGCUCUCUGUCGCUCCUGGUGUUGGUGGCGGUCGCCCUGCGGGAGAGCUGCCUCGGUGCCUCCUCGCACUCCCUGAAGUAUUUCCAUUCCUCCAUCUCGGAGCCCAGUCAGGGGCUGCCCCAUUUUGUCUCUCUGGGGUACGUGGAUGAUCAACUCUUCAAUUACUACGACAGCAGCAACCGGAAGUUCCAGCCUCGAGUCCCCUGGAUAGAGAAGGUGAGGAAGGAGGACCCCACGUACUGGGAGAGAGGCACCCAGACAUGUCGUGGCGAAGAGGAGUCAUUCAUAGAUCACCUGGAGAUUCUGAGGACUCUCUACAAUCAUAGCGGUGAGUGAUGGGUCAGGUGGCUCCUCCUG